AUGGCUGAACCAAACCCACACGCAUGGCUGGAUGACAAAGGCGAUGUCGAAAUCAACUACAUAGAAGAUAUUCAACCCCCCCAAGACCAUACCCACUCACACGUCAAAGGCAACGCCUUCCUCGUCCGCGAAGAUGGCCAAAUUCGUAAAAUCCCCAUUCCAUCAUCCAAUCCCAACGAUCCGCUCAACUUUUCUCGCUGGGAAAAAUACGGCCUCAUAUUUUGUUGCUGCUGGUUCUCCAUCAUGGGUCUCUCCAUUGCCAGCGGCCUAGGUGCAAUCCUGAAUGUCUUUUUCCAAAUGUACACGCCCCAGGGAUAUACAGCUGAUGAGAUUGUCUUUUUAAUCACUCUUCCUACACUUUGUAUCGGACUCGGAAACUACAUUAUCCUCCCUCUAGCACUAGCAUACGGCCGUCGCCCAGUGUUCCUUGUCUCCAUGGUCAUCCUCCUCGCAGCGACCAUCGCCGCCGCCGUGCAAAACAGCUACAACGGCCAUCUCGCCUCGCGCAUCGUGCAGGGCCUCGCUACAGGCGCCUCGGAAUCGCUUCUCCCCCUGAUGCUCACCGAAAUCACCUUUCUGCACGAACGCGGGCGCAUCUUCGGGCUCUACUGGACGGUCCAGAACGCACUUAGCUCGUGCAUCAAUCUCGCCAGCACGUAUCUGAACGAAGCCAUGGGAUGGCGGUGGUACUACUGGGUUUUCGUCAUCACCAUCGCGUUUGGACUGGUGCUUGCGUUUUUGCUCGCCUUCGAAACACAGUUUACGCGGUCGCCCGCCAGUCUGGAUGGACUGCUGGUUUGGACUGAUGAGUUUGGCGUCACGAGGAUUGUGCCGGAUGAGGAGGCGCAGGAGCACCUCGCGCGCAUGGCCGAUAAGGGCUUGCGCGUGCGAGAACAGAGUGCCGAGCCGAACCAGGCGCAUGUACCGCGGAAGACGUAUCUGCAGAAGCUCAGGCCUUGGUCGCCGGUUCAGAAACAGCCGGUUAGGAUCGUGGUCUUGACGUAUUUGCAUAUGCUCCAGAGUUUGUAUUCGCCGGGUAUCCUCUUUGCCAUCUUGAGUUCGUCGGUUGCGCUUGGCUGCGCGGUCGGCAUGUCACUGACGUACAACACCGUGUUGCACGAGAACUACGGGUGGGAUGUGAAGAACAUUGGGCUUAUCAACGUUGGCGGCGUCAUUGGCGCCGUGCUGGGAAUGAUGUAUUGCACAUUCAUCGGCGACAAGUUCGUUCUCUAUGCUGCGCGACGAAACAAGGGCAUUCACAAGCCGGAACACCACCUCAUUGUUCUCAUCCCACCGGCUAUCAUUGGUGCCGCAAUGCUGGUUCUCUACGGCUGCACUGCUGGAGGCGACGCAACUUGGUGGGGCCCAUACAUGGCGUGGACACUGUUCCAAUACACGUUUACCGCAGUGCUCAUCGUGUCCACGACGUUUGCGUCUGAAGCUGGGGCACAGCACCCAGGGCCUGCACUGGUUGUUGUUGUGGGGACAAAGAAUAUUGUUUCUUUUGGUCUUACGUAUGGCCUCACGCCCAUGGUUGCAAAACAUGGGUACAAGUGGGCGUUUGGUGUAUUGGCAGGUAUUUACAGCGCCAUCUUCUUGCUCGGUAUUCCGGUUUAUUAUUUAAAUCCCAUUUGGCGAGCGAGGAGUAAGAAGAAUUAG